UGCGCUUCUUGUCUCCUCGGGAAUAUCAUCCUGCGUUGUGCUUAAGAAUCGACUCUAACGAUGCGUUUUGCCGUCUGUUAAAUCGGAAUGUUCAGUGCAGCGCUUUCACCAGAGCAUCAGUGAAGGCGCGCUUGGUGAAGCUCUGCGUCAUUCCUUCAUAUCCAGCUCAUAUAGGCGUCGGAAGUUUUCGAGGAAUAUACAAGAGGACAAUAUUUGGUUUGGAAUUAAAAUUGGUUUUAAAAUUUGAACGCGGGACAAACCGCUCAUAUCGGACACGUCUAAAAAAAAAAAACAAGAAAACAUUUUUUGCGCUCUCCGUUUAGUUGGGAAGUUUCCUACGGAGAAAACAUGGGCUUAUGUGGUUAUGUGGUUAUGCCCUGGAGAUGCCUGGCAGUGCUGGCUCUGAGACUGCUCUUCCUUUUGCCUGCAGGAGUGCCAGCAAGGAGCGGAGAUUCUUAUUUAAAGGACAACAUCACGGUGAGACAGGGGGACAGCGCCGUCUUAAAAUGCAACGUGGACAGCAAGGUAUCGAGGGUAGCUUGGUUGAAUCGCACCACUAUUCUCUUCACAGGGAGUGAGAAAUGGUCUUUGGACCCACGAGUGGUCCUGCUGAAUAACACAGCAGUGACAGAGUACAGUAUAAAGAUCUUGGAUGUGAACUUGCAUGAUGAAGGGCCAUACGUGUGCUCCAUUCUGACAAACAAGAAACCCGAGUCCACCAAAGUUCAUCUUAUCGUCCAAGUUCCUGCUAGGAUUGUGAACAUCUCAGCAGACAUAACGGUAAACGAGGGCAGUAACGUCAGUCUCAUGUGUCUGGCGAUUGGACGACCUGAACCCAGUAUUAUAUGGAAAUAUCGCUCGGCUAGAGGUCGUAGAUUCAUCAGUGAGGGCGAGUAUGUUGAGAUGACUGCAAUCACCAAAGAACAGUCCGGAUCAUACGAGUGCAUCUCUUCAAACGACAUCUCACCUCCGGAUGUGAGGACGGUGCAAGUAACAGUAAACUAUCCUCCAGUAAUUUCGCAAGCUCGCAGCACAGGGACUGCUGUUGGACAGAGAGGAGUGCUGCAGUGUGAAGCAUCAGCUGUUCCUCUCGCUGACUUUCAGUGGUACAAGGAAGAGCGUCGCCUUUUCAAUGGACUUAAUGGAGUCAAAAUCGAAAACAAAGGUAAACAGUCGAUGUUGAUAGUUUUCAACGUGUCUGAAGAGGACUAUGGAAACUACACCUGUGUGGCCAUAAACACACUGGGAAUCACAAAUGCAAGCAUAAUCCUGUACGGCCCAGGAGCGAUACACGAUGUGAACAGCGCUGCACUUUCUCCAUCCAGCUCCGUCUGCCCACUGCUCACACUCAUUCUCUUUUAUCUCAAGUUUUGAUGCUAGAGACACCAACAACUGCAUCAGCUCUUCUCGACAUAACACAAAGACAGACUCAAAGUCCCAUCCUUACAAACAAACCAUUAUUAUUGUUAUUAUUUGGUUUGAACUUUGUUUUGUUUCCAGGGUUUGGGCUAGAAAUUAGAUUUGGACUAUGAGUCUGUCACAUGAGAACAUGAGACUGCACAGGAUAGGGUUCUGUGACUAGCUGGUAAAUAUAGUGAGCUUUUCAUUUUUUUAUGUCAAAGAUAAGCAAAAAGUCACGUGAUCGUAAAAAAAAAAAGAAUAAUAAUAAUACGUGGAUGGUUUUGCUCGGUAAUGAAAUGUGUGAGUUGAGAUGUCCGUGUCAUGUCAGCUUUCCUUGUAACAAAAAAAAAAAAUUAUGGAGUUCUUGCAAUGAUUUUUUUUCUUAAAAAAUCAACAAAAGUGAAAAAAAUCAUGUGAUAUUUGAUUUCCUGUACCUGUACAGAUGUAUACAGUGAAAUACUUACAGUUCAUUUAAAUAUGAGUGAGGUCAGUCUGUGCGUAAUAUAGCUCACAUUUCCUAAAAGAAAAAAAAAAACAGUCUGGUGUGUAUUAUAAUGUUCAUCCGUCACUGAAAUGAUGUUCUGAUUUUGUAAAGAAGGACUGCUGCAUUACCACACACAUACACAUACACAGAUACAGACACACACACACACACACACACACACUAGGUAGUCAUACAGUUCAGUAGGUAGUCACCUGGUCUUUUUAGAACCUUAUUUAGACACUCAUUGCAGUAAUAUAUACAGAUGUAGGUUUAGGACGUAGGCAACACACUGGAUUUGCAACAUUGGAUGCAAGAUUUGUGCACAUUUAGAGUAAAACUUGUUAUCUACAUGUGGAAUGAGGGCCUAAAUACCGCAUGUGUAAUCACACAAAAAAGUAUCAUUAUUAAUAUACUUUCCCUGCAGUUCCUGUAUAAAUAGGAAUGUCCUGUUGAUUGAAGAUUAGGUUAUAUGGUUAUAAAUAGGGAUGCAUAUAUAUACAUUUUUUUGUUUUUUGUUUGUUUUUUAGACAGAAUAAGAUUAAGCACCCGUGUGUUUCGAUACUCGUCAAGACCGAUAUACCAAAAUGAUGGGCAUCAUGAACCAUUUUAUUUAGCUCUGUUUACAAUCACCAUCCAUUUUAACAAGAACACCAGUACACCUGCGCACCUCUGCAGUUAUCUAACCAGCCAAUCAUUUGGCAGCAGCACAAUAUGAAAAAUCAUGCCUAGUGUUUCAGUCAAGUUAAGUGUUUCAGUUUAUGUUCAUAUCAAACAUCAGAAUGAAGAAAACGUGUGAUCUCUGUGACUAACUGUGGCAUGGUGGCCAGUGCCAGAUGGGCUGGUUUGAGUAUUUCCUGAAUUUUUCACAUACAACAAUCUGUAUUAGAAAAUUUAAUAAUUUAUUUUUAAAAAAUCAUCUGUUUUGGGGCUUCUGCAGGCUUGAACCUCUUGUAGAUCAAAGAGAUAUAAGAAGAAUAAGCAGACUGGGAUGGGUUACAACAGCAGAAGACUACUCUUGUCAGGCAAGAACAAGAAUCUGAGGCCAUCAUGGGCACAAACUCAUUAGAACUGGAGAGUUGUAAAUUGAAAAAAGUAGUUUACUUUAACUUUUGCAGCAAGGCAGUUUUAUCCUCAGAACUGUCUCGCACUUAUUGUUUUUAUGUUCUUUAUACCAUUCUGUCUAAACUCCUGAGACUUUUGUGUGAGAAGAACCCUGAAGUUC